AUGGCUAAUUCAAAUCAAUCGGAUAUUCUUCAAACUACUGAAAGUCAACUGGAUGAUGUUUAUGAAAUAAUAAGACCUGCUGUUGACCAAUUAUCUACAAUAGCUUGUUUAGUUAACAAUGUUGGCAUGGGAUUACCCACUGUAUUGUUUGCUAGUGAAGUGAAUUCUCCGAAUGAAGAAUCAAUUAGAAAUAUCAUUCAUUGUAAUAUUUUGUCUACAGUCAUGAUGACAAACAUCAUUCUGCCGAAAAUGUUAACACAGAAAGGACCUAAUCCUGGUAUCAUAAACAUUGCAUCUUAUUCUGGUCUGAAAGUGUUUCCAUACGCUACAUUGUACUCUUCAACCAAGGCAUCUAUUAUUCAAUUUUCUAGAUGUUUGACUGCAGAAAAGUAUAGAAAGAAUGUGAUUAUACAAACGAUUUGUCCAUUAUUUGUGUCUACAAAUAUGACCAACCUAAUGAAAACCACAUUUUUCAUACCAACUGCUAAAGUCUUUGCUAAAAGUGCAUUAGAUAUGUUUGGUGUUGAACAACAAACUACUGGUUAUUUUCGACAUGAUUUAAAAGAAUAUCUUUACGGUUUCUUACCGACAUCAGUUCGUAUACUAAUUAUAAAAUCAAUAGCUAAUUCAUCACGAAAAAAGCCUUGA